AGAGCGCAGUUAGGCAUGGAGCAGCUAAUGGAACAAAAGCAAGUGGAACAACGUGCGAAGUGGACGCGACUGCUCGUCUGGAGCACCUUGGGCAGCACUAUAGGCGCCGCGGUGCCUUGUGGCUACUGCAUGGGUGUCAUCAAUAGUCCUGCUGCACACAUGCGCGCCUGGUGUGUGGACACCUUGGCCAGCAAAUACAAUUUUCAACUCACGCCUACCGGCUUGGAUACGCUCUGGGCGCUAAUAGUAUCCAUAUAUUUGAUAGGCGGCGUACUGGGCUCAGCCUGCGCUGGUUGGGCCACCAAUCGUUUGGGUCGACGCGGCUGCUUUUUGCUCAGCGGACUGUUGCUGCUGCUGGCGGCUUUGGGCUUUGUCAGCUGUCGCUGGCUGCAGUCGGUGGAGCUGUUGCUGCUGAGUCGUCUUGUCGUGGGCUUGGGUGGCGGUUUGGUUACCACCGGACUGCCCAUUUAUCACAGCGAGCUGGCGGCGCUAAAUCAACGCGGCACUUUGGCUGUGGGCUGCGCCGUGGGCUUCUCCAUAGGCAUAUUGCUGGCGCAGCUGAUGACGCUGCAAACGCUGCUGGGCAGCUCGGAGCUUUGGCACUACGCUUUAAGUUUUUAUGUAUUUUUUAUGGCGCCUUGCUAUGCGCCCUUUGUCUGCUAUGCAGAGAGUCCCAAGUGGUUGUUUAUAGUGAAGCAGCGUCGUCAGUCAGCGUUGCAGCUGCUGCAGCGACUGCGUGGCAGCCAAUUCGAUUUGCAGCAAGAGCUGCGCAGCAUGGAGCUGGAGGCAAGCAGCAAAAGCAAUGCACGCAGCUUGUGGCAGGUGCUGAAAGAUGAGCGCAUGUUGUUGCCACUGGUGCUGCUUUGCGCUUACCAAGGCGGUCAACAGCUAACAGGCUGCUCCUCGAUCUUCUACUAUUCCGUAUCCAUCUUUAGCGCUAGUGGCAUCUCCACGCGCACUGCUGAGUGGUUAAACAUAGCUGCAGGCGCCGUCAACUUGUUUACAUCGCUGCUUAAUCCUUUGCUCAUGUCCAAGUUCAAUAGACGCACACUUAUGCUGAGCUCCAGCGCUGGCGCCUCAUUGUUUAUGUUCAGCUUUGCUUGGUUUGUUGCUUACAGCCAUUUGCAUCCUUGGCUAAGUCUUGGCACCAUUGCCAGCAUGUUUUUGUUUCUCAUAACCUUUCAGCUUGCCUUAGGCGCCAUGCCCAGCUUCAUAGGCGCAGAGCUGUUUGAGGUGCCUUCGCGUUCGGCGGCGCUUGCUUUGGGCAAUCAAGUGGGCUGGGGCUGCAAUUUCCUAGUGGGCUUUCUGUUUCCUGUGCUGCACUCGCUGCUGGGCUAUUGGAUAUUCCUGCUCUUUUCCUGCUUUAGCGCGUUGCUGUUCCUUUUGACGCGCUACUAUUUGCCAGAGACGCGUGGGCGUGAAGUCAGCCAAGUUGCUGCGCUGGUUAGCCAAGGCUUUCGCAGCAAAGUUAUUUAAAUUAAACAAAUUCUAGUA